UUCCAGUCCGCAGUAGGCAUUGGCAGAUAGUAGCAGACACAAGAGGGACCUGGCGUGAACUCCGGUGGCUGCCACCGUCGUGGUCUUUCCUUGAUUUCAGGAGCCCAAAAGGGAGCAGCACCAAACAACCAAACAUCCGUCUAAACACUCGACCGCGACGCGGUCUCCUUGUUAUCGAAAUGGACGUCAACUCUGACCCUAGCAGCUUCCCGACGGGGACCUCCGAGGCCGCCGGGAUCGCCGACUUCUACCGCGGGCGCAGCGUCCUGGUGACGGGCGCCUCGGGGUUCAUGGGCAAGGUGCUGGUGGAGAAGCUGCUGCGGUCCUGCCCAGAGGUGGAGGCAGUGUUCGUCCUGCUGCGGCCCAAGGCGGUCCGCGGGGAGCUGCAGCGGGAGCCGCUCGGGGUGCACGAGCGCCUACAACGUAUCCUGGCCACCCCGGUGUUUGAUGGGCUGCGCCGCAGCCGGCCGGAGGCCCUCGCCAAGGUGACGGCCGUCGCCGGGGACAUGUCCGCACCGGGACUCGGCCUCUCGCCGUUGGACCGGGCGCGGAUCCGCGCGGCCGUGACCGUCGUGUUCCACGUGGCCGCCACCGUCCGCUUCAACGAGCACCUCAGGAUGGCAUUCCAGAUCAAUGUCCAGGGAACGCGCGCCGUGCUCGACCUGUGCCGCGAGAUCCCUGGGCUGGCCGCGCUGGUGCACAUGUCAACCGCAUACUGCAACUGCAUCCGGAAGGACGCGACCGGGGAGGUAGUGUACCCGGCGCCCACCACGGCGGACGCCCUGCAGUCGGAGCUCGACCGAAGGGACGACAAGCAGGUCGAGGAGGACACGGCCAGCCUGAUUGGAGGUUACGUCAACACGUACACCUUCACGAAAGCCGUCGCCGAGAACGUGGUGUUGGAGGAAGGCGUGGGCCUGCCCGUGGCCAUCGUGAGGCCGUCUAUCGUGUGCCCGUCGGUGCGCGAGCCCUUCCCAGGGUGGGUGGACAGCCUGAACGGGGCGGUGGGGCCCUGGGUGGCGAUCGGCAUGGGCACGCUGAGCUGCAUUUACGGGGACUUCGACAAGGUCGCGGACGUGGUCCCGGUGGACGUCUGCAUCAACCUGACGGUGGCGGCGGCGUGGGGCUGCGCGGCCGGUGACGCCCGCGACCUCACAGUGUACAACUGCGUGACGGGCGCCACCGCGCCGAUCACUUGGGCCCGCCUCACGGCCCUGUGGGUGGAGGCCACGCGCCGCCGGCCCUUCGCCAGGUCACUCUGGAUGCCUGCGAUCAACUUCACCACCUCGCGCCUCUACCACCGGCUCUGCACCGCGCUGGGGAAGACCUUGCCGGCCCACCUCGUCGACCUGGCCGCGCAAGCUGCGGGGAGGAAGUCUCCGAGGAUGACCCACCAGGUCAACAGACAGACGCACAUGAUGAAGGCGCUAGACUUCUUCACCACACAGGAGUGGCCCUUCACGGACGACAACGUGCGGUCUCUGUGGUCGAGGAUGGACGCCCGGGACCGGGAGGCGUUUCCCUUCGACGUGUCCACCCUGGACUAUGAGGAGUACACGAAGACGAACCUGUACGGCACCAGAAAGUACCUACUGAAGGAGCAGGAUAGCGAGAGUUCGAUACUGGAGACCAGGUCCCGGCUGCGCAGAAUGGAAGCCGUCUACCAGAUGGUGGUGCUACUCUCAGUACCGUUGCUAGUGGCCGGAUCACUCUACACACAAUUGUAAACGUACAGAGCAUGCAAUGUUGAUUUCAUAUUUGAUACUUUUUUUUUCUAGAAGAUAAAAUACGCAACAAUGUUUUUCUGUAUUUUUCUGACUCAAUUGCAAUAAAUUUUGCCAU